AUGAGUUGGGAGGGGCGGCGAAGUGGGUUGUUGGGAUCAACGGUAAAAAGGAUGAUGUUCGUUCAUGCAAGACUUAUGAAAUUUGAUAGAGUUCUUCUCAUCGGCCGGUAUCGUCGACGUCACGAAAAAUACGACACGAAAAGAGGUGCAACACGAGGACUUCCCAGGAGAGUUCUUCUCAUCGGCCGGUAUCGUCUGACGUCACGAAAAAUACGACACGAAAAAGAGGUGCAACACGAGGACUUCCCAGGAGUUGGGAGGGGGCGGCGAAGUGGGUUGUUGGGAUCAACGGUAAAAAGGAUGAUGUUCGUUCAUGCAAGACUUAUGAAAUUUGAUAGAGUUCUUCUCAUCGGCCGGUAUCGUCGACGUCACGAAAAAUACGACACGAAAAAGAGGUGCAACACGAGGACUUCCCAGGAGGUCACCCAUCCUAGUACUACUCUCGCCCAAGCACGCUUAAGCUGCGGAGUUCGAUGGGAUCCGGUGCAUUAG